AUGGCCGACGCCCACGACGCACCGCUGGUGCGCCUCUCGUGCUUCCACGGCGACGACAGGUGGACGGACUUCGUCCGUGGCAGGUGGGCGGCGGACCCGUGCGCCCCCAUCGAGGCCGCCUACGUCGACGCCGUUGGCCGGCUCCCCGUCCACGAGAUGCCAGACCUCUUCGACUGCCUCUACCGCGGCGGGCACUGCGUCGGCCUCCUCGACCCCGCCUCCAACGUCAUCCUCAACGGCCUCACCCUCCUCUGCCGUCGCCGCAGCGGCGCCUACUCGCCGCCGGAGGAGGACCGCUUCCCGCCACCGCCGGAUCCUCGGCAUGUGAGCAACUGGGGGUCCAUCGCCUUCAGAUCUUACAAUGGCCUCCGCGCCUUCAUGCACACGUACUUCCGGUACCUCAACGAUGACCAAGCUCGGUUCUACCUCCACCUCUCCGGCGGGGACCUCCUCGUCGCCAUCCGGAUCGCCGAGCUCGAGCAGUUGGCCGCCGUCGAAGGGGCCGUUGAUCAGGCCACCGUCGGCCGCCACCCAGACCUCCUCCGCGAACGAGCCCAGUUCGCUCUCGCCGUUGCUGCCAUCAAAGCAAAGCACCCCAUGCCCGACGACCUCCUGCUGCUCUGCCAGCCAGCGCUCCAGGAGACGGCCGACGACAUGAAAGACGUCCUCGCCACCUUGGAGGAAGGGCGGCGCCUCACCGUCCAUGACGUCGAGGCCAUCCUCGGCGUUCUAAAAUCGCAGCUGCGCCAUCGCACGGUCUGCUCCCGUCUGCAACUCACCUUCACACAACGAGGACGCGGCGAGACCUUGCAUUACCGCCUCAACGGCCAACAUGGAGGAGGCCUGCAGUUCCAGCAGUGCGCGCCAUUCAGCCUCGCCAGCCUGCGCUCUCCCGAGGCCGUGCGGCGCAAGCUCGAAUCCAGCCUCGCGCUCAUCCCCGAGCACACUCCGCACACGCCGGCGGAGGUGGCCGACGCGCCCCCGACAUGCGGGCACAUCGAGUACCUCAAGACGGGGCUCCUGGACGUCAUCCACGCCAUGUACGUCGAGGCGCUCGCCAGCUUGCCCCGCGCCGCGCUCCGGCGUGUCCUCCGCGGCAUCCUAGUCGCCGGGCACUGCUACGGCCCCAUGGACCCCGCGUCCAACAUCAUCAUCCAUGCCGCUUGGUACAGCGUCAUCGCGCCCCCGUUGCGCCCCAGCAUCGAGCCGGACGUGCUCGGCGUAGACGCCCUGCUUCGCCUCGAGGUCCACUCCCUCGACGGCCUCGUCGCCGCCGUCCGUGUCGCCACUGGCUUCUCAGAGCACCAGGCCGUGGAGCACCUCAGCACCAACCGCUGCGACAUAUCUGACAUGCUUCGGAGGGCGGCGCCGGAGACACGCGGCCAAGCCUUUUAUCGUGCCAGCGAGGCCGCCAGACACCCCCUCGGAGAGCACCACUCGUCGUUCCUCGCAUCCCUGGCCUCCUCAGGGCCGAAAUUUCUGGACACCUUGAGCUCCUUGCUGCGCUCCGGAGAAGACAAAGGGCCGCGCCAUUUGAUCUCUGCUGCCAGCGUCACAGAGUUGCAGAAAAUGCUAGGACGCCGGUGCUCUCCCAUCACCCCACUCCCAGCACCAAGUCACUUGGAUGGUCUUCCAGCAAGGAAGCAAUGGUUGGAGAAGAGGCAGAGGUUUCUACGGACAGAGCUUGAACAACUCCUCCGCGGCUACGCCGAUCAGCACCCAUGGGAACCAACAUUUGAGCUGGAAAUCAUCUGCGGCGUGGCGAAAGAGAGCGCCUAUCUCUCCUCCCAUUGCUACCACAUCAACUUCCUCGCCGCGGCAUCCGACGGCACGCGAAUGCUCUUCUUCGCUCAGGUUUGGGAGGAGAAGAGACCCAACAACACCGAGCAGUGCUUCAGUCUCUGGGUUCGUUACCACGACAGAGAAUCGGAGGUCUCCUUCUGCUGUCCCCUGCCUUACUACAGCCCAAAUGAUGCAUAUCUUGGGCGGUGCACCAUUUGCGAGUUUGGCAUGAGUAAAAUUGUGCAUCCACCUGUUGGCCUGCAUAUCGGAGCGACGCACACUGAUUUUGGAAAGACACGUCCGCUUGGCUCAAAUUUGAAGGUGUCCUCUCGUGCGGACGGCAUCGUAGACACGGUGAUGACCCAGAACAAAUGCGCUUAA